AUGGACCCGACACUCUUGAUCAACGACAUUGUCGAGCACGAUACAUCAAAGAAGAAGCCUGUACAGUUUGACGACGUCCAGAUAUCCUCCACCGGUUUCCCGCAGCACAAACGACGAUGGAAAACAUCCGCUUUCAAGCAGAGGCGCGCGGGACAGGCAGCUGACGCACCGCAUGAGUCUAAAUCUGAGGCCACAAAACUCCAGGGCUCUCUGUCCAACGCGGAUUUAGAAACUGUUGAGAAGCAGCGCAUCGAUCGGGAGAAUCAACAAAAGCUUGACAGCAUGAGUCCCGCCGAAAUCGCCCAGGCUCAGCAAGAAAUUAUGAAUGGUCUAAAUCCUGCGCUCGUUCAGAGAUUACUAUCACGAGCCAAUAUUGACGAGCAAAAUGGCCCUUCGCCAUUUGAUCCGCCGAUGCCCGAGAAAGAGGAAACGCCCGAGCCUCCGCCUACAAUCAAAGUUGAGGAUGCAGACAAGAGCGAGGCUUCAAAGAACAGCCAAGCAGCUCCCGCUCGACCUCCCAAGCCGUCAGUAGAGUCAGUACCAGAGAAUGACUCUUCAACACCACGAACGACUUCUGUCAAGAAGAUUGCAGACGACUACGAUGAGGAUAAAGCCCCGCCUCAAAUACCGCCAGAUCUAUUCCCUAUCACCGACCAACCCAAGUCGGUUCACUUCCCUGUUCCGCCAACUUUACCCGACCUCGACCCUUCCGACCCGGACUUCCUCGCUACACUUCACAAAAAAUACUUUCCUAAUCUCCCAGCCGACCCAAGCAAGCUCGCAUGGAUGGCACCGAUCCCGACGGAGGAUAGUCCAGCUGACAAAGAUUCUUCAUACUAUCCUCACCCCGAGAUCGCGGUAAAUGCCUUGCGCUUCGAUUUCAAGGGCCGAUUUUUGUCUCCUAGAGUCAGUCGAUCCAUCCCUUCGUCAAAGGGCUUACACCAUCAUGGUGAUGCCCCAGAGGCUGCAGGGUAUACAGUUGCGGAACUAGCUCAUCUCGCGAGGAGCGCUGUGCCUGCGCAAAGAUGUAUGGCUUUUCAAACAUUGGGAAGGGUUCUAUAUCGCCUUGGGCUUGGUGAAUGGGGUAAAGGUGAAGAUGAUCAUAUCGCCAUGGGAGUGUGGGGUGCUGUUAAGAAGGGACGGGUAUUGGACAGCUUGACAGAAGCUGCCAUGGCAGAAGGUGGUCACCGAGGCAGUCGUGCUUAUGCCACCGAGGCUCUCUGGUUGUUUGAGAAGGGUGGUUGGAGAGAGAAGUUCAAGGGCAGGUAA